AGAAGCCAAAUCCGAUGCCAGUCCAAUCCAACACGUUCACUGGCCACUUUCGCGCAUUCGUUUGCAUUUGCUUUCUAUAUUCGUGAUUUUCCUUUACCAAUCGUUCAUUACACAGAAUGCCGCGCGAAAUGAUUAUGUUGCAACUCGGCCAGUGCGGCAAUCAGAUUGGAUUUGAGUUCUGGAAGAAACUGUGUGCAGAACACGGGAUCAGUCCAGAGGGCGUCCUAGAAAAUUUUGCCACCGAAGGAAUAGAUAGGAAGGAUGUGUUUUUUUACCAGGCGGACGACCAACUUUAUAUUCCCCGUGCCGUUCUCUUGGACCUGGAGCCACGGGUUAUUAACACUAUAAUGAAUUCUCCUUACGCGAAGCUGUACAACCAGGAGAAUGUAUAUCUGUCCCAGUCUGGAGGAGGAGCCGGGAAUAACUGGGCCGUGGGAUUUUCUCAAGGGGAGCGUCUAUUCGAAGACAUAUUUGAGAUAAUAGACAGAGAAGCUGAGGGCAGCGAUUCCCUGGAGGCCUUCGUGCUCUGCCACUCGAUAGCUGGGGGCACUGGUUCCGGUAUGGGCUCCUUCAUUCUCGAGCAUUUGAAUGACAGGUUUCCGAAGAAACUUGUGCAAACGUACUCGGUGUUUCCGAACCAGGACGAGAUGAGCGACGUGGUUGUGCAACCGUAUAACUCCCUCCUCACCCUCAAACGGUUGGCGUUGAACGCAGACUGCGUCGUGGUCCUCGACAAUGCUGCUCUCAACCAGAUAGCUGUGGACAGGCUGCAUAUUGAAAACCCUUCCUUCGCACAUAUUAACAGUUUGGUUUCAACCAUUAUGAGUGGCAGCACUGCAACUUUGAGGUACCCUGCCUAUAUGAACAACGACUUGAUAAGCAUCGUGGCGCCGCUAAUUCCUACGCCUCGUCUGCAUUUCCUAAUGACUGGGUACACCCCUCUGACAACGGACCAAGAGGCACCGAGCAUUCGCAAAACUACCGUACUAGACGUCAUGCGUCGUCUGCUUCAGCCCAAGAACAUGAUGGUGUCUGUGGCGCACGACCGCUCAGUUAACCACUGCUACAUCAGUAUACUCAAUAUCAUUCAAGGCGAAGUGGACCCCACUCAGGUUCACAAAAGCCUGCAGAGGAUCAGGGAACGGAAGAUGGUCCAGUUCAUACCGUGGGGUCCAUCUAGCAUCCAGGUGGCGCUGUCGAGGAAAUCUCCGUAUGUUCAGACGCAGCACCGUGUCAGCGGCCUCAUGCUGGCUAACCACAGUGGCAUUAGCUCGUUGUUCCAGCGAACACUGCAGCAGUUUGACAAGCUGCGCAAACGGGAGGCCUUUCUGGAGCAGUUCCGCAAGGAGCCCAUGUUCAGAGACAGCCUGGAGGAACUGGACUCUUCUCGCGAAGUCGUGCAGAACCUGGCAGACGAGUAUGUUGCGGUUACCAGGCCAGACUACUUGAACUGGGGCAGCAAACAGGCUGGUGUGGAUGCAAGCUGAGCUGGAAUUGCAGGGAAGAAUGAUUCUCCGUAAAUGUCUCGUAAACAUCCUGUUUUACAUUUGUACCAAGCAUAUUAUAUCCGAAUAAUAUAAGUGGCAACAUUGUUGGCGAUAGUUUACAGCAGUUCCCUUUUGCUGUUAGAUAAUGUCCCUCGGAUAUUUGUUGGACGUGACUGUUUUGCCACUUUUAUAUUUGCCUCGUAUGGUAAUGAGGCGUAAGGGCUUGAACUAACGUUAUAUAUUAAUGCAUGUCCCUCACUUUGUGUCUUCUUGUAGAUACUUGUACUCUGUACAUACGUAGGAAUGCCAUACCUUUGCGUACAAUUUAAUCAACAUUACCAUUUCAUUAGCCAUUGUGAAGCUGCUGCUGUACGCUUAUAUGUAUAUAUUUUUUGCCGUAUUUAUUGCUCGAGUACACCGUUGUUGAUGUUGAAUUUCUUUAGAUCACUGUAAAUACUGGGAGGCAUAACAAGCAUUGUGGGAAGUGCAUAUUGGAUGUGUUUGUUUCCUCGUGUUUGAGUAACAUAUAAAAGGUUACUUGUGAAA